AUGGAGUCUCCGGCCAUUCAUCCCGAAUCUCCUCUGGAUCAGGACGAAAUUCCUUACCCUUGCAUGGGUUGUGGAGAGAUUCUCGAAGAAGGAAAGGCAUUUGAACUGUCUGGGCAAAGAUGGCACAUCGAUUGUUUUCGCUGCAGCACAUGCGGCACUCUCCUCGAUUCGGACGCGCACCUCCUCCUCCUGGGCGAUGGGUCCUUGAUCUGCAGCAAUUGUACCUACAGCUGCAAUUCCUGCGGCAACAAGAUUGAGGACCUUGCCAUUCUCACCGGUGACCAAGCCUUUUGUGCUCAGUGUUUCCGUUGCCGCAACUGCAAGAGGAAGAUUGAGAACCUGCGCUAUGCCCGCACCUCCCAAGGAAUCUUCUGCAUGGAUUGUCAUGAAUCAUUGAUGCAACGAAGAAGAAAGAAAAAAGCCGGCGCUACAACCAAGCGGCCAGGGGCCCCAGGGGUCAAACUAGACAAGUCCCUGCCUUCUUUGCCCCCCAGCAUGGAGGAAACCCGAUCUAUCGAUGAGGCCGCCAGUGACACAAAUGAAGUGGUCGAGACGUCUCAUGGCCACUCAGAAGGCCGUGGGGAUUCUUCUCGUGCUGACGCCUCCUCGGCCGGUCUACAGACUGCGACGGACAACCUGCUUCUUCCCUCCAGCACUUAUCGAAGUAGUCGCCAGAUUGCCCAAGACCGUGCCAACGACAAUGACGGGGGCGGCGAAUUUCUCAUUCCCCUCGCGUUCGAUCCUUCAGAGGCCUAUCGCGCUCCUCCCCAGGCAACCAGUCAGCCAGAAAUUCCCCGUGACUACUUUGGUUCAAUGGCCGCGGGUGAUUCAUCCCAGAAUCUGAAUAGCCACGAUCAUGAUCAAACGCUAGAGCCACCCUCUCGCACAUCAUCCGGACAUCCCUCACCUCACAUUGCCUACCAAGAGAAAGGUCGGGAGCCACGCGAGGCUGAUUUCAGCCGACGAGACUUGGAUGCGCGAAAUGGAUGGCCGGAGAAGCCAUCUACAUCGCACUCCGACAAGCCUCGUUUUAAUAGGCCAUCCUCCGCCCGAAGCUCUCGCUCUGACCUGCAUCUUGCGUACCGAGAGGCGAACGGUUCCGCGUCCGCGUCCACCUCAGCUCGCCCUUCGGCUGAGCUCCGCCGGCCACACGAGUUUUCCAACGGCGAGGCAAAUCGCCCGCAGCGUCCCACAACGAUGGCCUACCCGCCAAAGCGAGGUGAUUCACUGGAGGGAAGGCACCACCAGUCGUCACAGAAGGACGUCGCGUCAUCGCGGGUUUCUUCGCCACACAUGGGGUCGCCGAAGCCGUCCGAUGGCACCAGCGAUCAAUCAAGAAAGCCAUCGGCCUCUGGCAAUGUCAGCUUAGACAGCGCAGCCUCGCCUUCCCGGUUGCGCAGUGGUGACAUGGACGACGAUGAUCAGAAUAGCGAAUCUCUGCUGCGUCGCAUCUCAAACGGCGUCCGUCAUGGCCGCAGUCUCAGUGACCGAAGCAUUCGCCUGGGGAAGGAAACCAAAGACCUUCGAUCUCCGGCCGGUAGUGGCUCCAUUGGCGCAGACUUUGGUAGCCCUACAGCAGGUACUACCCAGGCCGAGGAGAUUGCGUGGCUUCGCAGCGAGCUCCGUAAGGAACGGAAGCGUGCGAAUGACAUGGAAGCUGUUUUGAACGCCACGGCAGAUGUGAAACAGGUCAACACAGAGCUUUCGGAGAAGCGAUCAACCAUGGUCGUGCUGGACGCCCAGCGAGAGAUUGUCCUGCGCGAGCUUACUGUCCUCACCGAGCAUCUAGAGGCAGAAAAACGGGGCGCUGCCGGUGGGCCAUUGGAUCUGGGAAAGUUCUCCAACCAGGUCCUUCGUGAGCUGGCCGAGUCGAUCCAUAAGCUGAAACAAUCCUACAGCCCCCAGAUUGAGGAGAUGAUCCAACAACGCAAUGACCUCACAGACGAACUGGCUAACUUAAACCGACAAAAGGAGAAGGCGUUCCAGGAAUUCGAACAACUUUCGCUGAAAAACGCUCAGUUGGCCGAAUUGAACAAUACAUUGGUGCACCAGAUCCAAGGGCUCUACAAGAGUACCUCCGACGGGCAACGAGGAGCGAACGGGUUAGGUCUGAUCUCUCACGGCAAAGACAAGUCAAUUGGGUCGCUUGAGACGCUGAAGCCCAGCAUUGAUGGCCUUACGCCAUCCAUUUCCACUGCUCACAUCUCGGACGACAUUGAAACCCAGACCGCCACCGCCACGAUCGUCCCUGGUCCUCAAGUCGUCAAUCUUCGCAAGGGCAAGUUCAUGAACUGGAAAAAGGGAGGGCAGAACGUCGCAAAGGGCGUCAAGGGUCUGAAAGGAGCCUUCAUGUCGAGUGAGAAUGUCGAGACCGGCGGGGGCCUCCCCCGUUCCCAGACGCAGGAUCCUAGUCGCCAGGGCUUCGGAUUCUUUGGCAACCAACGCAGCAAGCAAGGCGGCAAGAUGUCCCAAGCCGACAGUACGCCGGUUCUGACCGAAGUUGCCGCAGGUGGUCUUUUCGGUACCGAGCUUGAGGCGCGGAUGGAGCAUGAGAAGAGCAUCAUACCCGCUAUCAUCACUCGCUGUAUUCAGGAGGUCGAGCUUCGAGGAAUGGACAUGGAGGGCAUUUAUCGCAAGUCGGGUGCCGCGUCCGCUAUUCAAGGCAUUCGCGAGGGCUUCGAGCGUUCGCCCUUUGAUUACGACAUCUCCGACCCCGACCUCGACAUUCACGCCGUUACUUCUGCUUUGAAACAAUAUUUCCGCAAACUACCCACGCCCCUCAUCACGUACGAGAUCUAUGAUAAGAUCAUUGACUCCGCCGAGGUCACACAUGCUCCCACCCGUAUCGAGCUGCUCCAGAAGAAUUUGUCAGAGCUUCCCCGAGUGCACCGCGACGUUCUGGAGUUCUUGGUCUUCCACCUCAAACGUGUUGUUGAGCGCCAGGAGGAGAACCUGAUGACCAGUCAGAACAUUGCCGUGGUCUUUGCACCGACCAUCAUGCGUCCUGAGAGCUUGGCUCGGGAGAUGACCGACGUGCAGAAGAAGAAUGACAUUCUCAAGUUCUUAGUCGACAACUGUCAGGACGUCUUUCAGGGCAUGUAG